CAUCACGAUCACAAGGAGACGACAUCUCGCCGCGCGAGGUUGUCGUCGGCGCGGAAGAUGAGACGCAUCCAACACGGCUGAACAUUAAGUGACUUUAACAUAACAAUAAUUCGUGCUAAACGUACUGUUCGAUCUGUGUCCGAUUUGAGAAAAAAAAAAAACAGUUAAGUGAGAGACUCGAAGAUUUGUUGGUUGGACUUGGUUGAAAUUAUUCCUGAUAUCUGAAUAUUAUCCACUAUUGGACGUGGGCCGUAGCGGGCCAUGCAGGGAGCCGCCACUGCGCCCGCGCCUCCUGCGGCAGAACCACCAGCUUCACAACAAAUCAAAACAGAAGUCAUCGUCGAGGCCAAAGUUGAAAGUGAGAAAGAAAUGAAGAUAGAACAGGAAUCGCGCGCCACGCGCACCACCAGCAUAGACAGCGACAACAGGAGCGAUAGAAGCGAAGAAGAUGACUGCAGGAGAGCGCGCAAGAGGAUGGCCUCAUCGUCUCCGUCCCCCAUACCCUUGGACAAAAGGACAGCUCGCUUCGAGUGCCGGAAAUGCCUGCAGCGUUUCGACUCCAUAAACGCUUUCGAUCUUCACCGAUUUACAGCUCACGGAGACGACAACAGAUCCGGAUUCGACGAUUAUAUAGAUUAUUCCAGCAAAAAGUUCCAAGAUAUCAUACACCCUCACAUAGCAGAGGGGCUGCGGUGUGAUCACUGCUCCCGCGAGUUCCCCACGGGGCAAAUCUUGGAUAUUCACAGGAAGACAUGCGGCGGGUCGACAAGAAUAUCCAGCCCCGACCGGGAUCGCAGAGAGUUCUUCGCUAAGCUGGAUUUAAGGAACAGGUCCUUCGGUAUACCCGGGACGUUAACCCCACCUAUGGAUCGCUUCACACCAAAGUUUGACGAAACCCACCUCGCUAAUGGAAUUAGACCUAUCGAUGCCGCAAGAGACUUGGCUGAUAUUCAAUCAAUACUGAAUGUAACAUCUGCUGGAAGUCUCCUAGAAAGACUUACGGGUAGUCGUGUAGCUUUAGAAAGUUCGGUCCUAACACCUCCGGACACAGUCGUUAAGGAACGGGAACAAGAGGAGACUCAGGAUAAUUUCGCUGCUGAGUUCAGGAGAAUGAAGCUCCGUGGAGAAUUCCCUUGUCGAUUGUGUCCCGCAAAAUUCCCAAAUCUUAGAGCUUUAAAGGGACACAAUCGGGUUCAUCUGAGUGGAACCGGCCCAGGGCCAUAUCAAUGUAAUAUGUGCCCGCAUGCAUCCCUGGACAAAGCAGCUCUUGUUAGGCAUAUGCGUACUCAUAACGGAGACAGACCAUACGAGUGCGCUGUGUGCAACUACGCCUUCACAACAAAGGCUAACUGCGAACGACAUCUAAGAAACCGUCAUGCAAAGAUUACGAGAGAAGACGUGAAGCGGUCUAUCAUUUAUCAUCCAUCUGAAGACCCCAACAAUGAUGAGGUCAAUUCAAAGCUCGCUCGUGAGGAGGUCAAAAGGUCCUUGGCCUUCCACACGCCGGAGGUUGAUAGACGCAAUGAAUCAUCUGGACGUAACACUCCCCUAACUCACUUUAAUCCCAGUUUCAUCACCGAUCGACACCCUGUUACUUCUUUGACUAAGCCUUUACCUGAAACACCUACUUUAACCCCAAGAGAACCUGAGCAGCCCAUGCCAAGAAUAAAAGUCAAAGGGAUCGGCCAAUUGACCCAAAUUCCUGAAUUUAGGACUCCAGAGUUAACAUUUAAACCAAACGACAUACAGUCCGAAGCGUACAGCGAAGAAGCACCAGUAGACCUCAGUACGAGCGACAACAACAACUGCGAUGUUUUAGAUCUCAGUAAGAAAAAACGCGAUGUAGACGAUGACGAAACAAAGACAACACCUCGCUCUGCCUUCGAUAAUUCGUCUGCAUCCGCUGCUGCAUCCGCCGCUGCAUCUGCUUUCGAAAAGACAAGGCUUCUUCUAGCUCAACAAAGACUUUUCGAAACCUCUCUACCGAAAAUCGAUCCAGCUUAUUACGCCACCCAACUUUCUCAGCUCUACGCCAGUGCAGUACCAGGCUUGCCUGGUUUGCCGAUACCGUCGUCAUUCCCCAUAAACCCAUACUUUCUCCAAACUUCUUUUUUUCCCCACCCAACAGAUUCGCAAGAAAUAACUGAAAUCAAGCAGCGUAUUCACAAAGAAAUAUUUAGAGGUCUAAGUAUGUCUGGUGGGAGAUUAGUGGACGAUACUGAAGCUCAGCUCAAACAGGAGCCAGAGGAAGAGGAAGUUAAACCUAUCCCAGUAGCCUCGACUCCGACUCCCCCUCCCCAUGCUGAAUCUCCCCGUCCGUUGAGUAACCCAUUAGUAACACAAAACGAUUCCGUUAAGAUGGUAAUAAAAAAUGGCGUUCUUAUGCCGAAACAAAAGCAAAGGCGAUACCGGACUGAAAGACCUUUCUCCUGCUCUCAGUGUUCCGCUCGGUUCACACUGCGCUCAAAUAUGGAACGGCACGUCAAACAACAGCAUCCUCAACACUGGAGCGUCAGACGUCCAUCGCCAAGAGCACCCCCGCCGUAUCCUACAACAGACACUCUAGCCGAUCGUGUAAAAUAUGCCUUACUCGCUCGUCACUUGGAGAGACCCUUGCAGGCAGAUCGCUCUCCUGUUCGAAGAGAUUCGGAUGAAGUAGCAGACAACGAAGAGGACGAGGACGACACCUUGGUCAUCGACGAGGAACCUGAAGACCGCAAGCCCGAGGAGCACACGGCCGCUCGGAGAGCUGCAGCUGAAAUUCUCAUGGCCUCGUGUCAGCAAGAAAUGCAUAAGGAUUUUGAUCUCAAAAUAGCUGGAAAUCUUAUUAACAAACCGGUCGCCCCAAUCACAACUGACAAGGUCGAAGCUAACGCAGAUCUUCUACCAACUCAAGAUGCCAUACCAGUUGUUCCAACUCGCAGUGACGAAGAAGAAGAUGAGGAAGGUCUCGUGGCUUCCACCAGUGAGGGAAACAAUUCGGGAAGCGAUGAAAAUAAAUCUGAAUCCGACACUGGAACGCAGCCUCCAAAGAAGAAAUCCGCUUACAGUCUAGCACCCAACCGCGUCUCCUGCCCGUACUGCCACCGCAAGUUCCCGUGGUCCUCAUCCCUCCGACGCCAUGUUCUGACACACACGGGACAGAAACCUUUCAAAUGUCCUCAUUGCCCCCUUCUAUUUACAACGAAAUCCAACUGCGACCGCCACUUACUCAGGAAGCAUGGGGGCUCAGCCAAAGCUAUUCUCGCCGAACCCAUUCCGGACACCAUAACACCUCAAAACAACGAAAGCAGAUCUGUACCUGAGAGGCCUUUUAAAUGUGCGUCCUGUCCCACCAGCACGUUCUCCUCUAUGGAGACAUUGAAGAAACACAUGUCUUCUCGGCACGGGACGGCCGAGUCACAGCCGAAUUCACCAAACCCUGAAGUGGAAGAUGUUGAUGGAAGCCUAGUUUUCAAGUGUCACCUCUGCGAAGCGUCGUUCGGGGACCGGUCCGGAGCCCUAACACACUUGGCAUCAGUCCACGCCGCGGAGUACGAACAGCUUGUGAGCAAGGGAGCUCUAGACGCCGUCAGCGAUCGCAGUGAAAGCGCCGACGACGAUGAGAAGGGGAAGUUCCCAGAUCACGCCAACAGAAAGGUCGUGUGUGCGUUCUGUGUUCGUCGUUUUUGGUCGGCGGAGGACCUGCGUCGUCACAUGCGGACUCAUUCUGGAGAGAGACCCUUCGCCUGCGACCUGUGCCGGAGACGGUUCACGCUGAAACACAGCAUGCUGAGACACAGGAAGAAACACAGGGAGGAUAGUGACGAUGAAGACUCGCCCAGGGACAAUGGAUACCGCUACCACGAUGAAGAGGGUUCUGGUAACGAGGUCCCCAGCAACGUCAACAACAAUAACUCCCCGCCGGCUGCGGACAAGAAACUCAAAAUAGAAAUGACAUCGCGCAAAUAUUCCUCGGAGAACGAGAACGACGCGGAAAAUGGCGGAGAUCUCAUCGGGAAACUACUCGGGAUACCGGACAAGACCAUCAUCAACAAGCUGCUCUCAUCAGCGGAUGAAGCUGCCAAAUUCCUUGGCGUGAACAAAUGAGAGUACGCAUUAGUCCUCGUGACGCCCGCUAGGCUCAUACUAGCGCCGCGAGGACUAAAGCUUGCGUCGACGCAAUCCCGUACAACGCCAUCUACCAACGAGUAGAUGUACUUUUAAGCUUAUACUUCUAGCGCCAUCUACCAACGAAUAGCUUAUACGUUAUAUAUAUUACGCAGGUGCCUUUCGCUGCCUUAGUGUAUAAUACCGUCCUGUCCUGCCUUAUGUCGUGUAUAGUUUUUAUCGUGGGUGUUAUCAACGAAUGUAUUUAGUGCCAGUUUUACAAGUACACUAACUUUUUUGUGGUGUUACGUGUAGGUUACUGUUAUCGUAUAGGAUAGUUGUUAGCUGACUCAACACGUUUGCAUUUCCAUCUAGUCGCAUUCCUUACACUUCCCCAUUCAACAGUUGUGAAUCACAGCCAAAUAUGAUGUCAAAUCCAAAAUUCUCUAGUCAAUAUCUCUUAAACUUCACUACAACCAAAUAUCAGUUCGCGGAUCCAUUGAUGUUCGUGUUAUAUAGGGUGUUCCGUAUAUAUGGUGUCCUACCAAUGAUGCGUGCUAACUUUAAUAUAGUUUUUAAUAUUUUACAUGAUAAGGCCGUCUUAAAUCUUAAUCUUUCUAUCCUCUCACGUCUCAUAUCUUUUCAACACUAUUUGUAAAUAUAUUUUAUUCGCCUUCUCGGUGACUUUUGUUUGCUCAAAAUUAUGGCAUUUCUUAUUUAUAAUUUAAUUUUUUAUUUUUAUUUUAAGAAAUAGGAUCUCUGUUAUUCUUAUAGUUCGUACCAAAGUUGGUGGACUCUCGUUUACCGGUGAGGUAAUAUUUGUUUGAUAUUUAAAUAUAUAUAUCUAUAUAUUUUAUUUCGAUUUGUUUCGGUGCAUUGGGUUCAAAACUCGUUAGUGUAAGUUAGUUAGUAACAUUCAGUCUCCUUAACGGAUCGACGAAUCAUACGCUAGAAUAUACCUAAGUUGGAUUUGCUUUGUAUAGUAAAUGUGCAGAUUAUAUACCAAAUAAAAAAAAAUAUAUUAUAUAUAAGGAUUCCCCUGCAUAAGCAAUAUUAUUUAUUAAUUAGAGUGAAAAUUAUAUAUCACUUAAGCUUUUAAUUGAAGAAUAUAAUAUAUUUGUGUGAAUAUUUUAUAAUUUAGUGUUGCUAAUAGACAAAUUCCUGCUUAAUGUCAAUUAUAGUUAAAGGAAUUGGAAAUUUUUUUUAUAUUGUAAUUAUAUGAUAUCCGAUGGUAGUAUGUAAAAUUAGUUGCUUGUUGUGGAUGUUGAAUUUGUAACUUGUGCUUUGUUUCUGUGAAUGUUAUUUAAAUAUUUUAGAUAUAAUUACGAUUAGUACUUAUUUAGUAUUAUAUUAAUGAUGUAAGUUUAUUUUAUUAUGUCAUAAGAUGUGGCAACACCGCUUGGGCCUUUCAAAACGUAGUGUGUUAAUAUAUAAAAAUUAUUUAAGAUAUUAUUGUUAAAUAAAUUACAAUUUACCAUCAUUAUAUGCAUGUUUAAUUAUAAUAAUAUUAAUAUUGAUAAUUAUUAUAAUAAGCGUAUUCACUUCACUUUUGCCUCUUGUCUUUUUUGCAAUAUGAGUGUCGUUUUUAAAACGUUUGUCAAAUACAUUAUGGUGGAUUAAUAAAGAAAUAUUGCUUCUUAUA